GCAAGAAGUUCUGCCAAGGCUGGUGGCGCUCCUUCCUUCCAGCUCACGCGGUGAACCGUUCCGCGCAGUUGUUUGAUGCAUCCCUGCUGGGAUAUUAAGCGGAAGGCCACAUCCGCGUCGGCCAGGGCACUGACGGGAUAUACGUCCCACUUUUCGUCCUCCACCCAUUUCACAAGAAUGUGCGACAUCGUGGAUUGCAAAACAAGCACACGUGCUUCUAGCAAGGAGGUAAGGGUGCGAAGAGCUAAAUAUUAACAAAAUGGCGACAAAAAAACGCAAAAAGAGAGUUGGUGUCAAUGUUGCCUGCUCACUUUUUAGAUGUGGCUAAGUUUGGUCUAAAACGACAAAAAAAAAACAACAAGACAAAAUCCUGAAACAAAGCUUUAAUAAAUAUUUGCAGCCCUGUCAGUGGCACAUGAAUAUUUAAUACUUUGAAAUGCGUUUUUCUACACUUAACUUGUGCGUACGUUGAUCUAACUUUUCAGUGUUGAGUCGUUAGUGUCGAGGCAGCUGGCCGGCUGGCAACGCAUUGGUCUAGCCUAGUCUAGCCAGGAGGCAUAACAGCUGGUAUCAGCGUGUGCACGUGCGAAAUUUAAGUUGUGGUCUCUUCUGCUAUUGUACUGCUCCGCAUUCGCCGUUCACUGUAGUACUCUGUGGUGAGCGCUGUAUUUUGUCGUGAGAUAAUCGUGCAAGCUCCCGUCGGCUCUGUGCCUGCGUCACUCGCGGCCGAUGCCGCCCAAAAGGCAAUUUGGAAAGUACUUAUGGGACCCGUCCAUCGACGUUCCGAUACGCUCAAAAUACAGGUUCAGAAAACGUUCAUCAGUUGGCGCUUCGUCUACCGCGUUGGACAAGGAACGAGGUUCUGCAGAUGCCAGUGAAGAAAGUUCGCGUGAAAGCGAAGCAGACGCUGACACAGGCCACAUAGCACCGUUCCCUUCAACUGCUAGUGCAACUGAAGACAGCCAUAUUUUGGAAACCACGAGUGAAGCCUCGUCGACCUCGUCCUCCGAGGACAGCGAAUCGGAAGGCGACGCUGAUGUAUAUCCUGACCACGGCGAGCAGCAUUUUCCGAGAGGCUGGAAGGAUGAGUUGGAUGAAAACCUGUUUCCGGGAUCCAAGCUUACGAAAGCCGAAAGCCUCCUAAUGGUCAUGGCCCACAGCUUGCGCCAUGGCUGCUCAAAAGAAGCCACCGAGAGCCUACUGCAGCUUCUUAGUGCUCACUUGCCAGAAGGUGUCAAAUACCCGACAUCAAAGUAUACCUUUUUUCGACACUUUGCUGGUGCUGAAAAGCAGUAUGCUAAGCAUUUCUACUGUAGUACGUGCUCUGGGUAUAUUGGUGAAUUACCAGGAAAUGAUGUGGUCUGCAGUCACUGCAAUAUAAACCAUGAGAGUGGCAGCUUAUUGAAAAGCUCAUCAUUUUUUCUGGUGAUGGACCUCAAAGGCCAAAUUCAAGAUGUGCUGGAGUCUGGAAAGCUCCAACGCAAUAGUACAGGCACUUCCUUUGAUGUAUGUGACAUCACGGAAAGCUUUCAAUACAACAAGUUGCCCGUGACUGCGAAUGACAUUACCUUAACGUUUAAUACUGAUGGUGUGCCCCUCUUUGAAAGCUCCAAUGCGAGCAUGUGGCCACUUCUUUUGAUGGUUAAUGAACUGCCUUACAAACAACGUGUGCAAAAUCUUUUGUUAGCUGGGCUGUGGUUCGGCACAGGUAAACCAUCAAUGAACUGUUUUUUGACCCCAUUUGUAAAAACGAUGAAUGAGCUGUCAUCCACUGGAGUUGUUUGGAGGGACAGCAGUGGUGUGUCGCACACGUCAAAAGCAUUUCCUGGUCCUUGUGCAGUAGACACCGUUGCCAGAUGCGAACUGACUUGCAUGACGCAGUUUAAUGGAGCUUAUGGUUGUGCAUGGUGCGAGGACUCUGGGCAAGUUGUUCCGAAAGGAAAUGGGUUUUGUCGUGUGUACCCUCCAAGUGCAUCUGCAAACAAGCUCAGAACACAUGAGUCCUUUCUGUACCAUGCUCGAAAGGCCAAGGCCAUGCAGGCACCCAGUUGUGGAAUCAAAGGUGCAAGUGUGCUGACACUUCUUUCAUUUUUUCCAUUUGGUGAGGGCUUCGUUGUAGAUUACAUGCAUGCCGUUUGUUCGGGUUUUGUACGGGCAACAAUGUUUAUGUGGCUGAAGUCCAGCCAGUGCCGACGAUUUCACCUGCGUAAACAUCUUGCUGAGGCGGACGAAUGUCUUUUGAGCCUCACCCCCACGUGGGAGCUCUCGCGGCUGCCAAGGUCCUUAAAGGACAUAAAGGAAUGGAAGGCUGCCGAUUGGAGGAAUUGGCUGCUGUUUUAUUCCCCAGUCGUAUUAAAAGGCCGCAUUCCUAAGAGGCAGUAUAACCAUUGGUUGAAGUUUGUGGAGAUUAUGCAUUACCUUCUUGGUCCUUGCAUCUGCGUUCAGCAGCUUGCCACAAUUAAGGGAGAGAUAAAGAAAUUUCUUCUUGAGUAUGAAGAAUUAUACGGUGUCGAGUACAUGACAUAUAAUUCUCACCUCCUUGUGCAUAUUGUCGACAGUGCCAUAAACUGGGGUCCUUUGUGGGGAUACUCCCUUUUUCCAUUUGAAUCAAUGAAUGGUACUCUUGGACGAUAUGUCAAUGGCACUAGGUAUCCGCAAUUUCAGAUUGCCAACAAGUUUGGGAUUUUGCAAGCUCUUGUAAAGCUUUGGAUGUCAAGGUGUGUGCAGAAUAUCCAUCGCACUUUAGGGUCUUCUUUUAAGACUCUAAUGAAGGGCUACUCCCUACGGAAAAAUGUUUGCCAUGUGGGGUCUGUACUGCUGAUAGGCAAAGGUGUUGAGAAGGAGGACAGGAAAGAAUUCCAGAAAAUGAUGGUCGGGCCAUUUACGUUCUGCACAGCCCGUCUUGAUAAGUCCAAAAGAAAUAACUCUUAUGCACAUGCUAACAAUAUUUUUGGACGCAUCAUUGAAAUUUUUGUGGAACAUAACAGCUCAACAGCUGCAAGUAGCUAUGAGGUACAAGUGUGUGUGGAGGUGUUGAGAGUGCAGUCAGAAUUGUUAACAAAUCUUUCUGAAGCCAAAUUUUUGCAUUUUGUGGAAGUGGUUCCUUCUGUGGAACAUUGCAUCCCGGCCAUUCCUGGAGGCUUCAGCAGGAUGUAG